AUGAUGGCGUCUGGACCUUCAGUUACCGCUCCCAUCUCGGACCCGCUGAACCAGUCAUCCUUAAGUGAGGCUCCGCAGCAGAACAACGGUGAUAGCCAUCCUCCUAAGCCCACAGAGGACUCUACCGUAACUGAACCCACCGAGACGAAAGGAUCGGAGAACCCCGCUCCGGCAAAUGGCAUCUCUAGUGAACCUGUGUCCGAAGCCAAGCAAGAAGAGACCAGCACAGGUGAGAAGCGAGAACUUGAGACGACUUCAACCGCAAACCCUAGCGCGGAAGAAUCGGCAGAGCCCAACUCCAAGAAGCAAAAGACCGGUGAAACCAAUGCAGAUGCAGUAAACGGCGCAUCCGCACCCGCACCAGCAGAGAAGAAAGACGAGUCAGCACCGCCGAAGAAGAAAGGAGGCCGGCCCAAGAAGACCCAGGACUCCGUUAAAAAGGACAUCCCUACCGAUGGAAUUGGUAGUCGCACACGCAGUCGCACCAAGCCAUCCUCGUAA